AUGGUCCUUGUCGUUCGUGGGGAUUUGAAAAUGGGUAAGGGAAAAACGGCUGCACAAUGUGCCCAUGCAUCAAUUCUUUGUUACGAAAAAUGUCUACAUAAAAAUCCUAAACUAUUACAAAUUUGGACUGACACGGGGCAACCAAAAGUCGUCUUGAAAGCAGAAAGUCUCAGUGAAAUGGAAAGUAUUUAUAGAAAAGCAAAUGAUGCAAACAUUGUAGCCGCUCUAGUCCGAGAUGCUGGCCGUACCCAAUUACCUGCAGGAUCUGUGACCGUUUUGGGGAUCGGUCCCGACACAAUUGAAAAUAUCGAUCAAUUAGCGAAGCACCUCAAAUUACUUUAG